AAAGAAGAGAUGAUUGUUGACCCCAGGGACUGUGCCCCCCAAAUCCAGCGUCGGUUCCGUCUACUUCCUCCGUUCUUUUCCCUCACUUUGCGCAUCAAGUCUGCAACAGACACUUCUCUGCUGUGCUAGAUGGCUAGAGCUGCUGCUUCGAGAUUGAAACUCAAACCGAUCGAUUUCUUGUCGGGAGACCUGAGAUUGCACUCUGAGCUGCAGCGCGAGGGGAGGAUGUGCAGUCGCAAUGAGCUUAGGUAGUUAGCUAGCUCCGGGAUGGGAAAGGGAUUCGAGGGGUGUGUGAGAUGGCUAUGGGUUUAAUCUAAUUCCAGGUUCUUGCUGUCGCUGUGGUGCAAUAACAUCGACUUUAAGUCGCUCUGCAGGGCUUUAAAUCGUUGAUAAGCAUCUUCGUGGUUUCGGUGAGCCGCAGUAAGAAUUGUUGACUCCCUCCUCGAAAUUGGACGGUUGUUUGAUAGGCACAUGUAUCUGAAGUUGGUCGUCUGGGCAGUUGCAAGAUUCAGAGCUAGGUAUGAGAGUCACAGGCAUCUUCUCGAAUCACUGAUUUGGCGAUAAAACUUCUUCUCCUUCCAGACUUCGGCCUAGACUUUGCGCGCUGGACAUGGUUGGGUGGGACUGGAUUCCAAGUGCUCGGUUUUACCCAGACUCAAUUCUAGAUACCUACAGUGGGCGUCAGUUUCACGCCGUGUAGACUGAAUCGCGACAUGGAAAGAGCUCUUGUAGCAAGUUUUGCCACACCUCCAGCAGAUUGGGUACAGAGACUUUGAGCGCACUACAGAUUAUCCCACGGAAGUUUCUGUGUUCAAGCAGAACCUACAAUUUCUCGACUUGAAAAUUGCAGGUUUUAAUCUACUUUCGCGUUACUUGUUAGAUAUUUACAGUGUAAACUUCUGGAAUCCUAUUUUCUUCCUGACCACAGUGAUCGAUGUUCCUUGUUUCCACUUGAAAAAGAAGCUUGAUAGGCGUACUGAUAAUCAGUGGUAGCUGCGAGAACGGAACUGAUUGGCUACUCACUCCCUUGAUCGACAUAAUUGUGCUUCUGACACGCUCCAGACAUGCUAGUAGGGUGGUCUAUAAACUAGUUGAGCAGAAUUCCGAGCGAGGAACACACCGAGCAUGUCAGCCACCGUCAUGCUAUCGAAGAGGAUAUUGAAGCACCGAUGGCUGUGGACGCAAGUGACAGUAGUUUUGCACUUUCUGCUGGCAGCUGUUGUCGGAGUCCACGGACAGGCUGUGAGCUUAGGGACAUGGGAAAUUCUUGUAAACAAUUCGGGAAUUGCCUCCAUGCACGCUGCCGUCACUAGAUACGGCACCGUGGUUCUCCUAGACAGGACCAACACUGGAGCUACUGAGAUUGCCCUGCCAGGUGGGGCUUGCAGGGACAGCGAUGACUUGGUCCUCAAGCACGACUGCACUGCGCACUCCGUGUUGUUCGAUCCCGGUACGAACACCGUUCGACCUCUGAGUAUUUUGACCGACACAUGGUGCUCUUCUGGACAGUUUCUUUCUGAUGGCACCCUCAUGCAGACGGGUGGAGACUUCGAGGGUAUUAGGAAAGUCCGGACAUUUGCGCCAUGUCCAGCAACGGGGACGUGCGACUGGGUGGAAUCUGUGGAGGUAGUCUUGGAAGCACCCAGAUGGUAUGCUACCAAUCAGCUCCUCCCUGACGGACGCCAGAUUAUCAUUGGGGGCAGGUCAGCGUACAACAUUGAGUACAUUCCUCCUGCCGCCAACGGGCUACUGUAUUUUGACUUCCUGAACACCACAAAUGAUGCACAAAAUGACAAUCUGUACCCCUUUGUUCACUUGCUGCCAACCGGGAAUCUUUACAUUUUCGCCAACAGGGACUCAAUUGAGUAUAACUACAUAACUAACACAGUGGUGAAGAGAUUUCCAAGAAUCCCCGGGGAGCCUCGGAAUUAUCCCUCAGCUGGGUCGUCGGUUAUGUUGCCCCUCCUGGCAUCGAAUCAAUUUGCGACUGUGGAGGUUUUGAUUUGCGGAGGUGCGCAGUAUGGCGCAUUCCUGGAACCUUGGACGCAAAAGCCCUGCUCCAUCACUUGUGAGAGGAUGACCGUCACCGAUCCGAAUCCCAUAUGGGUGGAAGAGAGGAUGCCUUUCGCAAGGUGUAUGGGCGAUAUGAUACUUCUGCCCAACAAGGAUGUUCUCAUAAUCAAUGGUGCUUCGAAAGGAUCACAAGGGUGGGGAAAUGCCAUAGACCCUGUCUUGAACCCAGUGAGGUACAACCCCUACGCUAUGUCUGGCAGCCGCUUCACAAUCAUGGCACCCUCAGCGAUCGCUCGCAUGUACCAUUGUACCGCCAAUUUGCUGCAAGACGGCCGCGUUUUGUUAGCAGGAAGCAACUCGCACCAAUUCUACACCUUCACGGGAGAUUAUCCAACCGAGUUACGAAUCGACGCCUUCUCUCCCCCUUAUCUUAGUCCUACCCUCAACGACUUGAAACCCACAAUCAGCGUCUCCCCCUUGCAAAUCUCCUACGGCACCCCAUUUACUGUCACGGUGAUCACUCCCACAGGGAUGACCACCAUCGUCGACCUGAACCUGAUGAGCGCUCCCUUCAACACCCACUCGUAUUCCCAAGGCCAGCGCCUCGUGAGCUUGAACGUGGCCGGCUCCGUGCAAGUCGCGCAGGCGAGUGUGUACCAGGUCACCGCGACGGCCCCUCCCAGUCCCCAAGUUGCACCACCUGGCUACUACAUGUUGUUUGCGGUGAACCAGCGCGUGCCGAGCACAGCCGUUUGGAUCCGCGUCGCAUCAUCGGGGUGAACUGCAUCCCACGGUUCAAACCAUCGACCCUCAACAGACAGCAACUAAUCUGUCUGGUUACUACUGCAUGGUUAGAUCAUUCGGAGCUCCCCCCAGCCUGGCUGUGCAUCUCAUCGGCACGUCCCGAACCGCUAGAAUUCCCAGGCUUCCAACACAACCAGGAUCACCGAUCUAGCCCCACUUGCGGAGAGGAAGGAAGGAUGACACCAUCAACAGUGUGAUCAACCGUGAAAGCUCCAGCACGAUUUCCUUCCACCCCAUGCGAUUUAGAUUGCUGCGGCCAGUGAGCGAGGGAUCUGAUUCUUCAUGCUGUCGAGUUGCAGAAGAAGGCAGGAAUCGCGGCAUCUAACUAUCCGAGUGCCGAUGAUUCACAGUGGACGAUAAUAUCAUCUUCAGUUUCCAAUUUGGAAGCGUCUAGAACUUAGCCGAUUCGUUCGAGGGAGGGAGGGAGCCUUGUUAGCAAUAUUAGAAGAAAAAGCCUAAGUUUACAUUAUUCUAAAUUUAUUUUUAUUAUUUAUAAAGUGUUAACAACACUAAAGACAACUUUUACUAUAGACCACGAUGUUGUCUACUAUUAGUGCCUCUAUUAAAUAUUCUCCAAAACAAUAUUCUCCAGCAAAUUAUAUUCUCUAUUAAAUUC